CAACAAUCAAAAUAAAAAAAAUUGCAUUUUGCAGGUGACCACCACCAAAGAUGGCCGUCUGGAGUACUUUGGCAAAACCCAGGCAGAGUUCUGCCGUUCUGCAGGGCAUCAGACGCCUUCUCGGGCCGAACACGACCUCAGAUUUACGAAAUGGAAUAACCCAGCAGAUCCGCUGCGGUGGAGGACACCACCGGGAAUUUUUCAUCACUCCCUCAAGGUUCCAGUGGAAAAAAUUCAAAGACCUUUUCCACUUCUAUGUCCUCAUUGGUGCCAUCCCCAUCGGAUUGACAAUUUUCUACACGAAUGUCUUCAUCGGCCCUGCCACCCUCACCCCAAUCCCUGAGGGCUACACACCCAAAUAUUGGGAAUACUAUAGGCACCCCAUCACCAGAUUUUUUUCGAGGUACAUCCUGUCGAACCCACAGAUGGAAUAUGAAAGAACGAUGAAUACAAUCUACGAAGAGGAGGAAAGGAGACAGCUUUACUUGCUUGAGAAAAAAGUGAAGCAACUGAUGGGUGAGCGCAGGGACUACCAGGCUUACUACUACAGUCCCAACACGGCCAUCAAAUAUUACAGAAAGAUGAGGGAAGUUAAGGAAGGAGACGUAGCCAGAGCCGGUGAUAACCUUUAAAUUACUUUCUGUGUAGUGAAGUGGUGGUUUCCACUAUGAAUGUUAGCUGAUGGAGAAUAAAAACUGUUGUACAUAUGAUUAUCAAAAAA